AUGGAGAUUCGAUUCAAAGUCCAAAAGGCUCCUCCAAUCCCAAAACCUCCACCAAAGACCGACACACAGCCUUCAACUCUCGCAUUCGUCCAGGUCAAUCCCGCAAGGAAAGAUAAAGCAGCCCAACGAAAAAUCCGCCAACAUGUAAUGAGAGACAUAGGUCUCUCCCGAAGAAUGGGCACAGUCCGCACGCCAAAUCCAACAAGUCACCCAAUCUUCAUUCCGACAUACUGGGGCGAUGCCCAAGUCUGCUAUAAUUUCCGACGAUUAUUUCGUGCGAUGGACAUGGUGUCCGAGGGAUUGCUAUCGAUAGCUGUCGUUGAUCCUGUUUUGAGAUUGAGGCAGAAAUUGACGGCGACUUUUGAAAGUCCGCCAACUGUGGAGGAGAUUCAGCAGUAUACUGAGUCGUUGAGUUUGGUGAGGGAGGGGAUUGAGGUGGAGAGUAAGGCUAGUGAGAAUGCUGUUAUUGGCACGGUGAUUUGUCUGGCGACUUUUGAUAUGCGUGCUGGGAAUUCUGAAUCGUGGAUGGUUCACAUGGCAGGGCUUGAAAGAAUAGUUGAGAUGGCCGGUGGAGUUGCAGAAUUGGACUCACGGCCUGCUAUUCGACAAUCUCUAUUUAUCUGUGACCUUCUAGGCUCAAUGAUAGAGGACUCCAAACCGAGGUUCCCUUUACCUCGAGAUUUACCUACGUUACCGCAGGCUACCAGGUCACGAUACAUUCAAAAGCUUCUAACAUCAUUGAGAAGUGACGAUCAGUCGAUAAAAGAACAAAUUGCUGUCAUAGAUGGAGCUUUCACAUCCGCGAAUCAGGUCGCCGUCUUACUAAAUGAAGUAUGGCGCGUCAGCCCAUUUGCGCUUGAUCUCCUCAUCCCCGUAUGCGCCCUAGCACAUCAAGCCUUAUCUCUCAAAAGAAUGAGUUCUAUACAGAAAAGCCAUGAUUCGUCGCAUGCGACGUCUACUGGAAUACUUGCAGAGAUAGUGCGCAUCUCAGCUGUUUCUCUAUUCGCAUUGGUAACGACACAAUCGUCUGGUGAUGCGCUAUACACCAGAUCACUCAAACCAUGUCACUUGUUAGGCUACGAUCAUGGGAGGAUUUGA